AUGAAUAGUACAACUUCUGCAUCGUUUGUGGAACAUCGUUUGAAAAAUGUCGUUCAUUCGAAUUAUUCAGUUCGCGAAAUAGUUCGACGAAAUAUUGAAGAAUUUUUCCAACUACGUGAUGAAGUCUUGAGCAAACCGGAAAUCAAAGAUCUAAACAUUUUCCCUGAUAUUCUCUUACCAGUUAUCGAAGGAUUACGAAUUGAACAACUAAAAGCAUGCGCACGAUCAAACAAAAUCCAAUUGGCAUUUUGUGGAGAGAAUUCCAGUGGCAAAACAGCCUUCUUGCAUAACUUUUUGGGCAUUGGCAAGAUACUUCCAUCAGGUGAUGGUCCUGUUACAGCGCGUAUCACCAAACUCACGUACGCUUCUCCUCUGGAAGCCUCUAUUCGUCUAUACAACAACUUACGCGAUCAGAUAUUAAUCCACGAAGUCGACCUCUCAUCUUUUUUUACUAAAGAAAAACCAGAGUGGAUGAAUGUCGGACGUACUUUGAUGCAAUAUACGAAACGACCUGACGGUAUGACUGAUCAAUCGUCUGAGUUCGACGCCUGGGCUCGAUGUCUAUUGGAAAUUCGAAUUCCAUCAUCAAUACUCGCUUUAGGUAUCGAUGUUUUUGAUACGCCAGGCUUUCUCUUCGAUGAUGCACCAGUAUUAAAAGAAAUCCUUCAUGAUCUUGUAGAAUUAUUUCGUCCGACAAUUAUUUUUCUCUACGCAAAUCCUUCGACCGACGAUGGCACUCGCGGGAGCUUUCUUGCAAUGAAAACAGCGCUACAUGAUAUCGAUGAAACAAGUAUUUUCUUUCUUAACUCAAAAGCUGAUAUUCAAUAUAUGCCCAGAUUUCGAAAAGACAUGACCCGAGAGGAAUUCAUGUCGAUGCUUGACGAAGAACGAGCUGAACGUUAUGCUCUUCUACUGACCGUUCCUUUCAUAUGCAAUGCCAAUUUAGUAGGUCUUCCCAAUCUAGUAGAUCAAUGCCCUUACUAUGAUAUAUGCAGUGUCAAUUCUCAAAUGAUCAAACCGUAUGGCCCAUUGAUGAAUGAAAGAGUGGCUGAACGUAUAAUUCGAUUUGUCGCUGAUGAUGAUAUGAGAGUAACAACGCGAGUAUGUCAAUUAAUUUUGCCAAUCAUUGACGCUUUCUUUCAAUUCUUCCAUUUGACGCAUAAUCGUACCGCUGAACAACUACUACAACUGAAAUACGAUGGAAUGAGUUGGUCUAAAAAAUAUUUUGACCUUUACAAGGAACAAACUGAACGAUUUCUCAUCGGUCUCUUUAACAAAGUUUCUAACCGACUGGAUACACAAGAGCAAGAAGUAUUAUCUAUAUUAAAAAGCAUUAAAAAACCUUCGGGGUCAUUAGUCUCGUUUGUAUCGUCUGCCAUCAAUUUGCAGAUGAUGCGACCAGCUAUUCGUGAAGUGAUCAAAGAAUCGUUGGCUGCUAUUAUGGAACUGAUUCGCUCCACUCCUGAAUUACAUCAUGAAUAUAUCAUGAAUGACAUUCUGAUCAAAGCAUUUGGUCAGCAAGAAAUUAGCGAUUUCGCUGCUUUGUUAUUGAACGAUCGUGUUAAUAAAAUCAGCGUAAGUGCGAGUAUCCUGUACAUGGUCAACAGUUUUGCCAUACCAACAAUUACUUGCGCGAAAAGUCUGGAAACUAAGACUGAAGAAAUCGUCGCAUCAUUAUUUGGUACGUCUGUAGAUGAAACAGUCGAGGGUAAGAAUUUUAGCACUGCAAAAUUAACGGAGGUGGUGAAGCGUUGUAUAUCUAUGAUACGAGAGAAACUGAAGGAACAGAAAAAUGCGAUGCAACGAGCAGUUACAGUGGCAGGUGAACGUCAACGAGAAAUAUUGGAAUCGUUAGUGGAGCAAGUGUAUGCAGUAGCAUCACCUCAAUUAGUUCUUCAACAAGAAACACUAAAUCGAAUUGAAAUACAUACUCCUCGAUUUAUCACUAUUGAAUGCGAACUUCGUGCUGCACAAGACAUGGCUCGAUUUCCUGGUCAAACUCCUACACUUCUGUCAAUACAAAAUCAAUCCCAUGUCUUCAGUAUAUUUCUGGCUGACUGGGGCGACGAGAAAAAUCUCGUCGUCAAAAAACUCACACAACUUCUUCCUGAUCAACCGUAUGCUGUCUAUUACGAAGCACAUCGUCAUGUUCAGGUGGCAAAAUUACAACUUCCUUGCAUUAUCAACUUACGAUAUCUCUAUAAUCAUCAACUUAAUGACGGAUCGACUGAGCUUUGGAUGAUUUUUCCUUCAAUGCCUCUCACUCUACAACAGUUCUUGAAUAACAACCAAACACUGAUCCCGUUCGAACAAGUUCUUGAAUGGAUGAUCCGUGUCGCUAGUGUAUUAGCUACUUUGCAUGAUAAUGAACGAGCUCACUGCAAUGUUACUGUGAGCAAUAUUGUUCUUGAUGAUCAUGGUCAAUCAUACUUAAUGGACUUUGGUGAUUGGAAUGGUAAUAGGGAUUUUAGUUUAUAUCACCAUCCAUCAUUUGCUACGGACCGAUUCCACGAUGAUGUUAGAGAUCUGGGACAGAUGAGUAUCUCAUACAAUGAUGCCAUUCAAGCGUCGCUUUUGCUUGGUCAGCAUAUCAAAAACAACGUUGAUCGCACAGUGAAAGAAUUUCAAGACAUACACCGCGGAUUUUUUCAGACAUUGCGUGACGGCAGUAAUGAAUCUGGUUCUCACGAAAAUAUCUCGACAUUUUUGGCUCGUUUAUCACCAAGUGAAGGUGAUGAUCUGGAAUCUAAUUCGGCAAAUAUAUUGAAUAGUUACAAUGCAUCAGAUCGGCCUGCUCUCGUGGUUUUUGGGCCAAAUUCUAGUGGAAAAACAUCAUUUAUUCAACGUUUCCUCAGCAUUGGAAAGAUUCUGCCCACAAGUAUCGGACCAGUCACAGCACGUAUCGUUCACUUGUCUUAUGCUUCGCAGGAGCAGGCCGCUUUCUAUGUCUACGAUAGUGUCGCAAAGAACGUAGUCGUACAUCGAGAUACUUUAGCACCAUUUUUCGUUAAUCGAACAGAACCUGAUUGGUCUAAUAUUAACCAGCGGCUCUCACCAUAUGUCAAACGGCCGUCAAAUUAUAAUGCUAACUCGGCCGAGUUUUUCGAAUGGGCCAAAUGUCUUGUCGAAAUUCGUUUACCUUCACCCGUUCUUCAAUUAGGUAUCGAUCUUUACGACACGCCAGGUUUUCUUUCUGAAAAGCGUGAAGAGUUACUCAGUGAAAAUCUUCAUCAACUGGUGAAGCAAGUUCGUCCGACGCUGUUGUUUCUCUAUGAAAAUGCAACGAUAAAUGAAACAGAACGAAGUUGUUUUCUGGCCAUGAAAAAUGCCGUCAACGGUCUAGAACGUGUUCCCGUCUUCUUUCUGAACACCAAAGCGGACUGCACUUCGAUCGCCAACGAUUUUAUGCUCGAUGAUGACCUCGACAAUGUUCCCAUUGAUCUAUUUCAACAGACUCUUUUGGAAAAACGGCAGCGUUGCUAUGACCUUCUUCAACAACGAGAAGAAAUGGCAAAUGAAGUAUUGGGCAAUUUACCAUCGUCAAUAGAACAAUGUAUAUGCUUUGAUAUUUGUACAACCCCGCCCAACUAUGAUCCCUGGGAAAACUACACUACAUUGAUCAAUGACGCUAGUUUUCGACGCAUCGUUGAGUUUGCUGUGAAAACUUUCUCGAUGCCUAUAUUGGCAACUGCGAACGAUCUACUGGUUUCGGUUGAUAAUUACUCUGACUUGCUUGCUACAACAACACCUCGUCCUGCCGAACAGUGGAAAAUACUUCGUGAUGAAGCACUCAAAUGGGGAGAGACUUUCUUUAAAGGAUUCACUGAACUCAUGCCCGAUCUCGUCUCAGAACUGAUGAACAACAUUCAGCAAUUAUUUGAACGAUUGAAACGACCUAUCGCUCAGCGUGCUGCAGCAGUUGAACGUCGUGAUGAUCCGAUCGAUCAACUUCUAGAAGAUAACGCGAAAACGAUCCGUCAAUAUUUGCAACUAGCUGUUCGUGAACAGAUUAUCAAGGUUGCAACUAACCAAACAAUCGUUCAACAACGAGACAUAAUCCGAGAUAAAAUAUCUAUUCAUUUUCAACGGCAAAAUAACAUGCGGAAGAAUGAAGUGUUGACUCUCGCGCAACGGCAUGUUUUAGGUGAGAUCAGUACUGAAUUUUUGGAAAACACCGAUUGGCUCAAUUCGAUCCUCGAUAGCAUCAUGAAACUGAAAAUGGGCAUGAAACGAUUUUUUUGCAGUUUACCCAGUAAAUGGCAUUCUUUGACUAGAGAGAAAUUGAGCCGAUUAAGUGAAUCCCAAACAACGAUGGUUGAGGACGAAGAUGUGUUCUCAUUAUUGGAUUCUAUGGAUGCAUAUGCUACUCUUUCAAACGAAAACAAUCGGCGACUAUUUUCAGACAGUUGUUUAACUAAAUUAGCCGAAGAAAUUCAGCAGAAGAAACCAAUUUUUACUCGCAAUUUAACCAUAUGGACUUGCGAACAACAACACAGUUUCAAAGUAUCAGUGGACGAAAUUUACAAUGACGUUAACAAGAUUUUUUCCAAAACAUCAAGCUCCAAUAAUCUAUUACAAAAGUUUUCGGGCCCUUUGGCUCGAAUCGAAUGCCAAAUAUUAGCCGUCCUAGAGAUGAGCAAACAUAAUGGCGUCGCUCCAAUCAUUGAUGGUCCAAUUGGACAAGGCGGCUUCUAUAGUGUUUAUGCUGCUCAUUGUAAUAAUGAACAAAAUCUGGCUAUCAAAAAGCUAACUCAUCGGUCAUCAGAGCAUGAACAGAUGAUGGUUUUGGAAAUUCAUUACCACCGACUAGUGACACGUUUGUGUUCCGAAUAUGUCGCUCCACUUCUAUAUGUACAUGAAAAUGCUCUUCCUGAUCAUCAAAAUGAAUUUUGGAUUCUUAUGCCACGCUACUGUCGAUCAUUACAAGAAUAUCUCAAAGUUUCUAUUAACCAUCUGUCAUUUGAGCAGUGUGUCUAUUUUGCAUUGGCNGGAACAAACUGA